AAGCCGUAUAAGAAAAGACGAAACUAUGCCGGUUAAUAUCAACAGAAAAGACUUUUCUUCGAGAAAGGGAUUAAUCGAAAAAGAAGCAAACCUUUUACUUCACCAAUUAUUUACGAUUUAUGAUGAGAAAUAUUUUUAUUGCAAACUUACAGGAAAUGUAAGAAUUAGCUGGAGCAAACGAAUGACCUCAUGUGCUGGUUGUACCCUACAACCUGACGUAGACAGGAUAUGCAAUAUAUCUUUGAGUCGACCACUUCUUGAACUCAGACCACUAGAGGAUCUACUGGAGACGUUACUGCACGAAAUGAUCCAUGCUUAUCUUUGGGUAACUAAGGAGAAUGAGCACCAAGAACAUGGCCCGAAAUUCCACGCGGAAAAGAAAAGAAUUGAGAAACGGUCGGGAAUGAAGCUAGAAAUUUUCCAUGAAUUCCAUUCUGAAUGUCACCAUCUGCAGACUCAUGUUUGGAAAUGUAACGGUCCAUGUCGAAAAUCUAACUACGAGCAUAGAGUUAUUCGACGAGCUCAAAACAGGCCUCCUUCCAAUAAGGAGAAAUGGUUUCGUAUCCAUGCUAAUAUCUGUGGCGGUACUUUUGUUAAAGUAAAAGAACCUUCAGAAAAAAAAUUUGAAUUUAAUCCAAGAAUUGAAGAGGAACUAAGAACAUAUAUUUCCAAAACGUGGAAAAUUACCAUAGAAGCUAUGAAAAAACCCGCGUCAUCUUCAGAAAGUGAUUUCUCAAGCGACAGUGAUGACAUGAUUCUCAAUUGUUAUUCAUGGAGUAGCUAUUCCGAUUCUUUUAGCGAUUCAGAUUUUUCUACCGAUGAAGAGUCAGCUGCAAAAUCCACAGCUCAAGUUACACCAGUAAAGGAAAAUCGAUCUAAAACUGCUUCAACACAAGAUGUAUUAUUAACACCACCUCCGACAGAAAAUAAACAUACUAAAAUGAGAGUUCUGUUUAAAUCAUCAACAGAAAGUAAACUUAAAACCGCUUCAACACGAGAUGCAUUAGUUAUACCACCACCAACGGAAAAUAAACUUACUGGAGUCCGUACCGUUGAAGCUGAAACUUCUUUACCAUUGGACAAGAAAACCACUAAAUCCACAACUCGGGAUAAACCAGCUACAUUACUAACGAAAAAUACAUCAAAGAAAUUGCCUGAAACUUCUAAAAAUUCAGCGGCGAAGGAAAAAGCUAAGAAAACUGAAGCUCCAGCUAAGGUUUCAUCAGUGAAGAAAAAACCCGCUGAUUCUUCUUCAAAGACUGCAAAAACUAAGAAAAAGGAAUUACCAACAAAUGAGAAAACGAAAAUGGCUCCUAAAUUCCCUGAGAAAACCAAGAAAUACAAAUGGCAAUGUUAUGGCCCAUGUCAAAACGAGGCUCCAAUGUUUGGUCGUGUAGAACGUUUAAUUAACAGACCACCAAAUACAAGAGAAAAAUGGUUUUUGCUUCACGAAAAAAAUUGUGGAGGAAGUUUCGUUAGGCUCGAUUAAACCGGUUUCACAUUUCGCCCAUUUUCAUUAUUCUGAAUCGAAGCCUCAAAUUUCAGCAUCCGUUAAAGACUCGCGAGAUAGGUUUUAAACUACUUUUCUUCGGAAUUGUUUCGAAAUCCUUUUAGAUUUGUGAAAUCUAAAAGUUUCUAAAAUGUCAUUCUUGGCUUUUAAAGAACUUUUUGUUUUGUUUUUUUCGUUUUAACAAUAUUUCUUGUUUUGCAUCUACUGUAUGAUUUGUUUGUUAUGACAGCGAUAUUUCUAUAUAAAGAGUUACGAUUAUCUAUUUCAUAAGAUAUCCAAAGCGUACCAAA